UGCAUUCUGAGUAACAGACUCAGGGUUUUAUUUUUGGACUGCUAUGGAGCCUGUGCCUUCCAUUUGAAGGAAGGGGAAUAGUUGAACUCAACAUGAGUCUCCCGUUCUGACAGUCCAAGCUGGGACAAGCAGGCAGCCACCGCACACCCCUGAACAGCAGACAAACAGGGGACCUUGUCUGAAGUGUCUUCAACUGUCUUCUGUUACAAUCAUCUCUUGGGGCUGAAGAUUUAAUGGCUGUCAAUGUUGGCAAUGCUGCUCAGGCAGGCCUGCUUUCCCAGCAGUACCCCCCACCUUUGCGUCCCAAACCUGGGAAAGAAAAUGUCCGGCUCCAGAAACUACUCAAGAAGACAGCGAAGAAAAAAGCUGCAGCCCAGGCCUCACAACCAUCGGUCCCCUUCCGCUCAAGCCUCUCUCCAGUAAAUGAAGCGAGCCCUGACCUGGAGCACAGUGAUCACUCAACACCUCCCAAGACUCCAGAGACACCUUUCUACAUUGGCACGGUACACCCACGCUUCAACGUCCGACCACUGUAUCAGCAUGUAUCGUCUCCUUAUCCUCAUCACAGAGGAUUCACUUACGGCAAGACGGCAAGGUUUCCACCACAACCAUAUGCGGCUCCCCAACACCUGUCUCCAGCAUUUACAUACACCGCCUCACCAGUUCCAGGACUUGACACACAUGCUACGGCAUCAGUCACUAUUCUACAAACUUCACAAAGAUUGGAAGUCAGCUCAAAUCUUACCACUCAUGUAACCUCUAAAUCUCCAAGCCCUCAGCCAACCAUUCUGAAUGUCUCUAGAACAGCAAAACCGUUGUUUGAAGUUCCUCAAAUCACCAAUUACACAGCAAAAUCAGUAGGUUUGAGAACACCUCAUGCAUCACCAACAAGGAGUAAAACACCUACUGCAGAUUUAUUGAGAGCCCUGACACCAACAUUUGAGGUUAGAAGGACAGUGACACCAACAUCUGAAAUAAGAAGAGACAGAACACCAACCAGAGAUAUCACAAGGAUUACAACAACGGCAUUUGAAGUCAAGAGGAUUACAACCCCAACUUCAGAAAUUAAGAAAAGCCAAACUCCAACUUCUGAAGUCUGGAAAGAGACAAUUUCAUCUUCUGAAAUAAAAAGGGUCAGUACUCCAGCUUCAGAGACUAAAAAAACUGCAAUGCCGACGACACCUGAGACAAAACGGGGUGCAACUCCAACACUCGAGACGAAGGGGGUUACAAUACCAACAAGAGUAAAAACACCAACAUAUGACUUUACUUCAAUAAAAACACAUGCAGGACGUCCCAAGACACCCUCACAUCAUGUGUCACGUGUUAGAGUAUCUGUGACUGAGAUUUCAAGACCAAAUCCACUUUUAUUUGCUGUAUCUCCUGUGCACAUGGAGGGCAGAAGAUCCAAAACGCCAACGUCAAGUUUGACUGGUCCACAAGAAGAAAUGUAUAAAAUUUCAAAUCAUGUGAAUGAUACUACUCAUUCAAAAAUAUUAGAAAAUGGGGAAAUAGAUGUCAAAUCAACUGAACCCUUACAAGAAAAGCUGGAUAAGGCCACAGGAAACCUGUCAAAACUUGAGUCAUCAAAGCCAAAGACCCAAAUACCCAAGGAGAGCUCAAACCUUAAUGCAAAUGAGCAGCCAAAGCCUGAAACUCCAACAACACCCAAGAUUGAACCUGCGCAGCCUGGUUUAUCUUCAGUUGGGUAUCAGAAACCUUUAUCUAGAGUCCUUCCAUUUGCAGGUCAAAGACCCAAAACACCAACAGCACCUAAAUCCAAACCAACAUAUUAUGGAUUGACUCCCGCUGAAUAUGUUGCCCAUGGAGGAAUAAAGAGUUGCACACCCACUUUUAGCAUUUCGACAUCAACUGCGCUGCCAAGUGUAGAGGCAACUCAUCUUACAAAACACGAACCAGUAGUACCUCAAUCUGAUGAAAAUGUGACCAUGACGAAUGGCAAGUCUGAGGUAAAGCCUAACGAGCAGGUUGAAGUCCAGCCACCUCAGGCUGGUGUUGUUAAAGAGGAAACCGCUGUGGUGGCUCCACUUCCAGAGGUUCCAAAGGCAGCAUCUGAGCCAGAAGCAAAUUCUGUAAGGGACAUUCCCAAGCCAACUGUGCCGGAAUUAAAAACAAAAAUUCCUGAUGUUAAAAUUCCAACUAUUGUGGUAUCUGUAGCUGAUACACCACCAUCAGAAGCAAAAGCAGAGCCAAUAAGUACUGUGACACCAAGAGUCAGAACUCCAACCUAUGGAUCUCCCAGAUUUUCCCAAAUGAUACCAACCCCUCCAACUGUGACGGAAACUCCAAAACCUGAAAGUAAGGCUGUGCCAUUAUCUGACCAAGAUGUGGGAAAGCCAGCACUUCCAAAGGUGUCAGAAGGUAAAGUUAAUGCCAAAACAACCAAAGUACCAGAGAAGCCAACAGAGACAAACAUUUAUUUGUUAGAGAGAAUUAAGAAGCAGAAGCUUGAAGCCGCUUCUUCUGAAAAAACUCCUGAUAAAGGAGAGGUUAAGGAUGUGGUUAAGCCACUGGCUAAACCAAAAGAAGACAAAAAGGACCUUAAAACAAAGGACACUGAACCUGAAAAGGUUCAAUCUAGUCCCCAACAGGAGAUCAAGCCUGCAGUGGAAAAGAAGGAGGAGGGUGAGGAAGGCUCCUCCCUGACUGCAGAGCCUCUCUUGAAGGUGAUGCAGAAACCAAAAGGCAUGAAGUCAAAACUCAGUGGCUGGUCUCGCCUUAAGAAACACAUGGUGGUUGAAGCAGAGGAGCCCAAUUUUCCAGAGGCAGAGUCUGCGUCAAAGAAAGACAUCCCUCCCAGCACUGAUCAAAAUGUAAGUGAAAUGCAAAAUAAGUCUGAAGCCGAAGCUAAGUCUAGUGAGAGCCAGGAUAGUAAAGACUCCCCAAGGGCAGCAAAAAUGUGGGAUGCUGUCCUCUUCCAAAUGUUCUCCACCAAAGAGAAUAUAAUGCAACAAAUUGAAGCCAAUAAAACUGAGGAGCAAAAGAAGAUGGAGGCAGAACAGAAAAGGUCAGAAGAGAUUCCCACAUUUGCGCAUUGUUUGCCAGUUCUCCUGUACAGCCCGCGGUUUGAUGCCAGACGACUAAGAGAGGCAGCUUCGCGACCAGCAACAAAGAUUGCAACAGUUUUUGAAAUGGGACUCAUAGGCCGCAAAAAUAAAGACGAAGAACCAAAAGACUUUAAUAGAACAGCCAAAGGCUUCAGUAUUUCUUAAACCACUGGCGUCUAACUGAAUAACAUAGAAAUAAUGGGCAAGGAUAUUGUUAGCUUUCAUUGCGAUGGUAGAGUUCUGUUUGUUAUCCAGUCCAAUUCUUUACAUAUACUUUUAUAACUUUAUAACAGGUAAAUUGGCAAGUAAACUAAAAAAAAAAAGAUCUGUCAAAUGCACAAUAUCUUAUUUGCAGUAGGUAUUGCCCACUUGUCAACUGGCAUUAACCAUUUAAGCUAAUUAGAAUAUUGAAUAAAGAAAAAAAAAUCAUAUGGUUUUGAAGCUUUUAAAUUAAAGACUUUAUUGCUUAAGACUUCCAAAGCUUAUGUCAACAUUUUUCAUAAGCAUGUUAAAUAUGGUAAUAUUUUGAUAAUACUUACAUCCCUAAACAUUUUCAUCAUCAAAAAAAAAAAAAAAGAUAAUUUCAAAAAUUUGUAUAAAAAAGAAGUAUUAUCACUCCAGCCUGCCACAAGACACAAAAUCAAGAAAGUGUUUUUGGGUAAGAAAAUGUAAAAUAUAUGCAGGGUUUAGGCAUCUAAAAUUUGAAGUUACCUCACUGUAUUCUUUUUUAACAUUAUGAUAAAAUACACCACACCUUUUUCUUAGCAAUAUUUUUCUACCGCCAGUAUUCUAUGGUGCUUAAUGGGGCGUAAAAAGUCUUUGUGAGGAUAUGAUAUUAUACAAGAUAACAUGGUGUUGAGGGACAAAUUGCUAUUGUAUGUUUUUGAAGGUGUAGGGACAAUUGAGUGAGUUUUAGAUGGGUGGGCAAGUGGAACUGGUAAAAUGCAGAAGGAUUAAGAGAUAGUAUAAGAACGAGAUGUAUACAGUAAGUAUGCUAAGUUUUGGAAAUUUGUACUAAGCCUUAUUAGUACCGAAAGCAAGGCAUGGCGCACUCUGCUCUGCUGCCCUGCUUGGUGCUCAGUGUUGACAAAGAGCUUUCACUGAUGGAGCUUUCCAAACCUUAAAUAUACAGUAAAUGGUUGCUUCAAUGUGAUUAAAUACAUAACAGCGAAUGCUGAUUGUCAACUCAUGCAUGUUCUCAUUUCAGGUAAUGUUAAGUUCGUGGGCUUGGCCUUUUUUGCAUGUUGGUCUUUUAUUGCAGAAACCGUCAGACUGAGAACAUUUUCUCUUUACUGAUGUUGAUGUGUAUACUGCUUUGCAUUCUAAGGUGCACUGUACUAGAUUUAAUGUUAUUUUAUAUAUUUUUUUUAUAAAAUACCUGUUUUGA